AGUGUCCUGAAGCAGCAUCACCAGCAGUCUGUAAUCAAAACUCUUUAGGAAUGACUGCUUCAGUUGAGAAGGAAGCACAGGGUUGGCUGUGAUAAAAGUGAAAUUCCAAUGGGCUGUGCACAAAGCAUUGAUUUAAUUGAAGCCAUUGCAUUGAAGCUUAUCACGGAUUUUUCGACUGCUUCUGUGGAAACGGAGAUGAAUCAAGCUCAAACGUCAAUUUCCAGCCGUAUCCUUUUCACUCCUGAAGAGGAUCCUCUGAAGGAGGAGCAGAUGGAGAUGGCGUGUGACCAACGCCACACGGAUCUCCAGGGAGACGCUGAGGAAUCGUACGAGGAGGAUCAAAAUGAAAGACAUACGAGAUCCACGGAAGCGCGUGCGUUGAUUGAUAACAACUGUCUGAGUGCCAGCUCUUUGCUUGCUGUUGGUCAAGACCAGAGGCUGGAUCAGCCCGCUCUGGAGGAGGAGGAGGUGCAGGUCCACCCAGGUGGAGAAGAGGCCACUGGAAAGGGAGACAGGACUCUCCCUGCCCCGGUCUCCAGCCCUGGGUCCGGUCUUAUCGCCGGUCGUGUCACGGAACUGGGCACGGUUCACAUCGUUGAGGAUCUCUGCUUGGCACCCCCUUUCAAAAAGGAAGAAUGUUCCGGAUCCGACGAUGUUGUGUUCGUGGAUGCGUCUUCUGACGCGAGGAGUGACCCAGCAUCAGCAACUGUCUGUGGAAUUUCCUCGUCAGAAGACUUGACUUUGAACUCUACAACUCGGAUGGUGGAGCAGUCUCACCCACCGGCCUGCAGGAGGCCGUCACCUGAAGAGGAGCACCAGGCUGACCAGCCUGGCCUCUCGGACUUCGAGCUCCUGAGGGCUCGGCUGUUAAGCGGCCAGACCUCCAGCACCUCGCCCAGCGACUGCAAGCUGUGCGGGCGGAGCUUCAGCCUCCCAGAGACCCUGCACAUACACCAGCUCCUGCACCGAUUGGACGAUGUGUGCAGCUGUGCCGUGUGUGGGCGGAGCGUGGCAGCGGACAGCCAAUCGGGACGGGACCAGUGCCGGUGUGACGACUGCGGAAGGAGCUCCGUUCAGCGGAGGAGCCUGAAGAGACAUCGGCGCACUCAGCGUCCAGGGGCCGUGUGUGCGGACGCUUAGCGUUAGCACUGUGUUAACAACUCAGACGCUUAGCGUUAGCACUGUGUUAACAACUCAGACACUUAGCGUUAGCACUGUGUUAACAACUCAGACGCUCAGUGUUAGCACUGCGCACUUUCCUGGCCUGGAAGCUGAAAAGGCUGUGGACUUUUUUGGUCUGUAUUUUUUGUUCUGUAUUUGCGAAAAAUGUUUGUAUGAAACUCCACCAUCCCAGCUUCUCUGUAGUUUUUUUGGGUGCACUCCAUUGGUGGGAGUUGUUUGUACUGCUGUGUAGUCCAGUUCUCUAUUUUGUCUUAGCCUUGGCUUUUUGGGUGCUCUGACAAGACCAGGAAUCUGGGAUGGUUGAGGCUGAAGACACUUAGUGUCUUUUUUUAAAUUAUCUGUUCCCACAUGUAUGUUUGUAUAAAUGUCUUCAGAUUUUAAUAGGCUAAUGAACCCUUUACCUUGCAAUAAAGGCCUGCCAGUCAAAAA